ACUUGAAAGCCUAUAAUGAAAACUGUUGUUAUUUUAAGUAACUAGGCAAAGUUAAACUGUAGGUAUACUACCUUUAAUGCAAGGUUUGGCAUGUUAUUAGUGUUACAUACAAAGUAACAGCCUUUGGCAAAUUUUCACUUAUAUUCACUUCCGCCUCAACUAUUUUGACGCACGCAAUACUUUCUAAUCCAUUUUCCUUGUUUCAAAGUAAAAACCUUUCUUUGUCUGAUACAAUAUGGGAUAUUUAUGAAAACAAAAAAGUUUUUAUGCAAUAGACAUAAAUCUGAAUAACUGAAAAAUCAAGAUUGUGAUAACGAUGGGGGAUUUUACAAUACGUCCAGCAACAAUUUUGCUUCCGUUGUUGUUAUUCUGCAUUGUCUCAGCCCAUGGCGUUCAGACUAAUAUAAUAUCUAACACAGGAGUAAAUCAAAGAACUCUUGCUGUUGAUAAUAAUGAUGGAAAUAAUUUUGCUGCAGCUCAAAUGUCGCAUAAAGCAGGUGCACUACAGCAAAAUCAUGAAUUAAUUCCACAGAAAUUAGAGACGUUUAACCGGCCAGAAGGAAUUGAAAGUUUGGUUCCACAUUUUGAUAGGAAACAACAAUUCGAAACUUCCUACGGAAGAACUUUUGGUCAGUAUGGUAGUUAUAAAAAGCACACAUCGUGGAAUAGGGCGGUUGCCCAGGAUAGGCGGAGGCAUGGAGUAGCUCCUAAAGAUUUCAAGACAAAGUUUCCAUGGCUUGUAAAUAAGUUACACUUACCUUCUGUACAUGGUUUUGGUCUAAAUGGAUUUUGGAACAGCUAUGCUCUACCGGAAGGUACACCGGACGUAAAAGGGCUUGGUCCUUCCAAAUUCGGACAAUAAUUCCAAAGGAUCGACGAAACAGUGACUUGAUGGCAUAAAGGUUAAUAACAAAAGUAACUUGAUGGAAGAAAGGUUAUAACAACAGGGACUUGAUGGAAUAAAGGUUAUAACAAAAGUCACGUGUUGGAAUAAAAGUUAUACAUAUAUAUGUAAAGCGGAUAGAUACUAUAAGAAUGUUUUAUUCCGUUUUUAUUCUUUUCUUUUUUUGUUGUUAGUUUUUUGUUGGUUUUUUACUGUUACAUUCUAUUAAAAAAUUGUCAAUAUAAAUUAUGUAUGUAUUUAUAACAGUUUACCUUUGAAAUGGUUAAUAAAUAAUGUUUAGACUCGUAUGAUACUUGUAACUUGUCAACAUUUUAGUUAUACUGAAAAUGAUAAAUGUCGCAAAACAACUUUACGGUUUUAAUGGUAAUGUAAACUUUAGGUACACGCCUUGAGUUAUUUUCGACAUCAAAAGUAACUUCCUGUGUGCCGGUUGGAUAACUUCCUCAUAAGUAACCAUCCAACGUUC